UGUUCUUAAAACUUAAAAAGGACAUUGGGAAAAAAAAUCGGGUUUGAUUUUAUGAAAGAAAAGGCCAAAAACGAAAAAAGAGUCUCACCUUUCAAGAGAUCCAUCCGAUUAUUGAGCACAUAUAAAUAUAAUAUAAAUCCAUUUGUUGCUAUAAUUUUUGAAGUAGAAAGAAAGAGACAGUGAUUAUAAGAACUAAGAUACACUACAGUAGAAGAGGCAAAGAAAGCAGAGAGAAAUAUCUUGAUCUCUGUGUGAGAAAGUUUGUUGAAAAUGGCGAGUGGUGGAGGUGGUGGUUAUGGAGAUGGAAACCAGAAAAUAGACUAUGUGUUCAAGGUGGUGCUGAUUGGUGACUCAGCGGUUGGAAAAUCGCAGAUACUUGCACGGUUCGCGAGGAACGAGUUCAGCUUGGACUCCAAGUCCACCAUCGGAGUUGAAUUCCAGACGCGAACUCUCGUCAUCGAUCAUAAGAGCGUCAAGGCUCAGAUCUGGGACACUGCUGGUCAAGAACGAUACAGAGCUGUUACAAGUGCAUACUACAGGGGUGCUGUUGGGGCAAUGUUGGUUUAUGACAUAACCAAACGUCAGACCUUUGAACACAUCCCCCGGUGGCUGGAAGAACUGCGCAACCAUGCCGACAAGAAUAUAGUCAUCAUUCUUAUAGGAAACAAAAGUGAUCUUCAGAGUCAGCGGGAUGUCCCCACCGAAGACGCAAAAGAAUUUGCCGAGAAAGAAGGCUUGUUUUUCUUGGAGACCUCGGCUCUGGAAUCAACAAAUGUUGAAACAGCCUUCAUGACUGUCCUGACAGAAAUUUACAACAUUGUCAACAAGAAGACCCUAGCUGCGGACGAAAGUCAAGGAAAUGGGAACCCCGCAUCUUUGGCUGGCGAGAAGAUUAUUAUUCCUGGCCCUGCACAGGAAAUCCCAGCUAAAAAGACCAUGUGUUGUCAGUCUUCCUGAGUUUUAGUGUUUGAAUUUAGCAGAUUUCGUGGUUUGAUGAUCUUAUUACCAAUUUUUAAAGGUUUGGCACAUUUACUAUUGUAAAAUUAUUCAAUUUAAUUUGCAUGGGUUUCAGUAAAA